AUGGAUCGUAAAGUAGCUUUAACAAGCAAGAACUCUAAUGUAGACAGUCAAGGUUGCGAGAAAAAGAUUAAAAGUGGUCCCAACGUGAAUGUAGUGGAAAGUAAGACAGCGCGCAAAAAUCACUUGAAGAUCACAACAUUUAUCAUGGAGGCUGGUAAGUGAGGUCGUGAUGUGAACACAGGAAUGAAAUAGAAGUCUUUAACGGUAUCAUUUAUUUCCACUUAUUGCUUGGUAUGAAUUAGUUGGUCUGCCUCUUGUGCUGGGGGAGGGGGAGGGGCUCUUGGCUAGUGAAUGUUGAAACAUCUGCUCAUGUUACAAACUUUCUUGCACUAUUAAUCCAGAGCAACAAUAUGUAUGAAUUGAAUUGGCAGCAGCAUUGGAAAAAAUUCAUGCCCAUUGUUUAUUUAGCAGCAAGCGUUAUUGAGAAAACUCAAAGAGACAAAUAUCUUUAAAAAACCACACAGCACACAUUAAGACAUAUUUAUAGUAUAGCUUGUAAUUACUUCUUUCUCUUGAUCAAACUCAUACUGCUUAGUUUGAGCUAAAGCAGAAGGCGUCAUCCCUUGCUUAUGAUCACUGUAUGCAAUCCGUGCACUGGACUAAGAUAUUUUAAAGAGUUCAUUAAGCAUUUCAACCUUCACAUACUUAGAACAACUCUGUGACAGUUUCUGAAAUUGUGAAAUAGAUUUUUAAAGAUGGUUUGAAACUCUGUGAAAUAUAUAUGCAUGCAAUGCAAAAUAAAAGAAGAUACUUAAGUUGUGGUUGUCUCUUAUUAGAAGGAGAACAACUGGCAGGAGCUAAAAAAUCAAGCUGAACAAUCCAGCUGGUGAUAAUUGAUAAGAUAUGUCUCCCCCCACCCAGGAAUGUAUCAAUCUUGAAUAAGCAAUAAGAUGUCACUAAAAUAGUAGAAAUAGGUUUUCCUUUAAGAUUAUUUGUGUUUAAAUUUUUCAACAUUUCUUAAUUCAGGCCAAAGAUUAAAGCUCCCGCCAGGCACUUGUGCUUCUGCUUGUGUUCUAUAUCAUCGUCUGUACAAGCAGUAUUUUCAGAGAGAAUAUGAUCCAAAUGUAAGUUGUCAUUUUGCUUCAUAUUAAAUGACAAUUGUAGCAAUAGGAUAAAUUUCCUUGCAUGGUAAGAUGCUCCCUAAAUGUCACAAAUAAUUUGUUUGCCCUUGGGUGAACAUAUUAUAAGCAUAUUGUAAGCUAAAGGUUUCAGGAGGUAUAGGGACUCCAGCAAUUGAAAAUUUCAAAGAGGAUACAGUCUCAGAUCCUUCUCAGCUAACAGGUGUAGGAUUAAAUCUGCAUAUGAUUAUGUAAUACCUCAUGUGGACUGAUUGUGGAAAUGGUAGAAAGCCCACUCAAAAGCUGAAUACCUAGGGUGUGAAUAUUUCAAGCUGUAGAAAAAAUUAAAAAAUAUCCUUGUCAGUCUAAAGUUCACUUUGGUGAAUGCUCUUCCAAUUGCAUUUUCCAAUAUUCCCCCGAUUCUUUACUGAAUUAGAAUUGUAGUAUAUGAAAGAGUUAGACAGAGAGAAAGAGGUUAAUAUUUCUUGGAGUAUUAUUAAACUAAUAUUUUUCCUUGAUUUUCUAUUGUUCAUGUGUAAUAAUUUUUUAUUUUACAUCAUUAGCUUGUUGCCACUGCUGCUUUGUAUUUAGCAUCCAAAACUGAGGAAUCUCCUUGCAAGUUACGAGAUGUGAUAAACGUAUCUUACAGGUGAAGAUAAUUGUUAACUAUUUCUUUUAAUUGUUUCACCUUUCUUAAUUCCAGUGGGGUUCCAGAGUUAAGCUGAUAACUUCUGUCCAAUUUUUUGUUUUGAACCAAGUGCAAAGUGUGCUGUGAACUUUGCAUGAUACCUAUGAUGUAAAAUUUUGGAAACUGAGUUUCUAAACUAACUCAUGACUUGCUCAAAGUAAACUAACGUAAUGUAGGAAGGGAUGAAGUAAUUUUAACCAUUUUGCUUGUAAGAUUAACUAUAAAAAAGCAGAAAAAGAUGACAAGAAAGAACAAUAUCAAUUCAUUGUAGGAGCUCAGAUAAUGAGAUAUGUACUGCAGACAGUGCAGAGAAUUUAGAUUUAAAUUUUGGCAGUGAAAGGGUGGAAUCUAUGAUUUAUAGUUGAUAGAAACAGCUGACACUUGACAACCUUCCCACUGACUGAAAGCAUUCUUCUUUCCUUCUGGCCACUUUGUUAAAAUGAGACCCUCAAUAACUCAAAACCUUCCCAUCUCAUUAUCUAAAGAUGAAGUCACUUUGGUUCAUUUGUUUCAUUCUUUUCAAAACUAAUCUCACCAUGAAUAAAAUUAAUUAUAACCCAACAGGUUAUUACACAGAGAUAAACCACCAUUGGAGGUAGGGUCUCUGUAUUGGGAACUUCACGACAGUGUGGCUAAUUGUGAGCUGAUGAUUUUACGAGCUCUUCAGUUUCAAGUCAGUUUUGACAGUCCACACAAGGUAAAACUGAGUAAAAUGUUGUCUUAAUUUGAAUCCAUAUGAGGGUUUCUUCUAAGAAAUAGCCAAAGAGGGCCCAAUUAGCCUCCCGCUUUAACCCUAUACACCCUAACAUCAGUAAGGAUAUUCUCCAUACCAGUCUAUACAUUUUCUAGGGUGUUGAUAAGGAGAAUUUUUUUUUUACAACAAGAGUUUCUUUAUUUAGUGAUCAUUUCAUUUAUUCUCAUGAUCUCAGUGUGUGAUUCAGUGGAGAUAUUGUAAGGAGAAAUUAGAUGCUAGUCAUUCUUUGUGGUUAUAGGGUUAAAGUUUGGUGGCCCUCUUGUUAAAAACGAGGCCCCAAGAAGGGCUGGGUUAUCCUAAAAGGUAUUUGAACAUAUUUGUAAGUCUAAUCAAUUAGAAAUCAAAGAAGAGAAAGCCAAUUUAGAGUGUUAGAGGCUUUGAGUUUGUGCUAGUGAAUUGUAUAUAGCAGCUAUCAUAUCCAUGUUGUCACCACUUGUGUUUCCAAAUACUGAAGACAUAGAACAUAAAACAUACUUAUCCUUUGGCACAAUUUUUUUUGCCCUAUUUGGCGGUCAGACAUGAGAUUUAUACAUCAGUACCCUAAUGUGAUGACAAGAUGAAAGGCCCUAUAAAAUCAGAGCUUAUUUUUGCCAAUCGCUGUUACCUUAAACAUCAUGCUUUAUUUCACUAAUAUUGAUUACUGAAAGAGUUGGUAGUCUCUUCUUUUCUUUUUUUUUUCCAACUUGUUUAUCUGGCCCGUUAGUUAUUUUAAGGACAGUCAUGGAUUACUAAGGUUUUUUUUGGUCAUAGUAUCUUCUCCAUUACCUGAACUCACUUGAAGACUGGCUAGACAAGGAAUGUACUAUCACCAGUUCUUUAAGUCAACUUAGCUGGAGUAUUUUGCAAGAUAGUUUCCACACUACAUUAUGUUUGGAAUACAGUCCAGCUGUUAUUGCAAUAGCGAUGAUCUACUUUUCUCUAACAUGCCUUGGGAUUGAUGUUCCAUCACAGGGUGCAAGACAUUCCUGGUGGAAGGUUGGUGUUCUUAAGUGAUUUUAAAUUGAGUGUCAAAAGUAAUGUGGUCCUUACUGGUUUUGUUUGACUUCGCUUUGUGAUUGGUCUAGAAAAAUCGCCCACAAACACGCACAAUCACGCACAUUCAGAUGCAAAACAGUCCGAAACUAAUCACGACUUGGUCACUUCCGAUUUCCCUGCUUGACUCGGUUUGCUUCAUUGUACUUUGAGUUCCCAUUGGCUCUUUGUUAUUUGUACCUUUUCUCUGAUUGGCUGUCAUAAUAACUGAGGUAUUUGGUACACGACACUUCAAUUAGAUGUGCUGUACCUUCAUACUGAAUCAGUUUCAAACAUGUAAAACAGUGGGCGUCUUCCAUUUAUGAUGGGAACUCAAUUAAUACGACCCUUUUCGCUGUAGUUUUUUUCCAUUUAAAAUGGGGGAAACAAAUUCAGAAGUAAUAUCUUUUUUACGGCAAUUCUUAGAAAGGAAAGUCCUGUUAUUUUUGAUAAAAGAUUUUUUUCGUUUUUUUUUUUCGUCCAAAUGAAAGCGCAGAGAAAUUAGCUCCACAGAGAGAUAAUGCUCCAGCAACAAUUUUUUUUGCUAUCAAUUAAGUAUCAUGAAUCCAUGAGGCCACUGCGUGGUUUGAUGGAGUUGUGCCCUCUUGAACGUCAAUGCCAUUGACUGAUGGCUCAAAAUAAUGCAUCUCCACUUUCAUUUGGUAGACGAAAGUGGAGAUGUACCAUAGUAGAGUCAAUAUAAUGGAGUCGUUUCCUUCGAAAAUCUGAGGGAGGGUGUCAUUAAAACCAGGUCUCAAAGGUCAAUCUCUAAUACUUAGACCCACUGGGCUAAAACGGAGACCUUCGAACUAUAGCGAAGAACCUCCGAACCAGUACGAAGACUCUCCAGACCAAAACGAAGGCGAUGUGAACUAAAACGGAGACAACUCAGACAAAAAUAAAGACUAUCGUAACUAAAACGAAGGUUCGCCAGACUGGAACGAAAACCCGGUGUUGCGCUGAAACGCGUUUACUUCAUGUGUGGACUUAAACUGUUUAUGGAAUUGCGAAUUGAUCUUGUCAGUAUGACAGGCAAUCCACCAAAACUGUUUUUAUUUCUCUUGUUAAUGCUUUUGAAACAGAAUGAGCCUACCUGGAGUAAUUUUGAAAUACUCAUUCUAUUUGAUUGGCAGGCUUUAUGUCCAAGAAGCACAGAAGACGAAAUACAAGCUAUAAUACUCCAUAUGAUUGACUUCUAUUCAUUGGAAAACGUAGUUAGCGAUUGAAAAUUUGAACAUACUAAUUCUUUAGACCGUUUACUCAUGCCCAAUUACCCCAGUUCCACGGAAGGAAAAAGAAACUUGAUAAAGAACUCCGUCUGCGCUGUCAAAGUGUGAGACCAUAAUGUAGAUAAUAUUGUUUUUCGCUAUAAGAUGUAUAAACACC